ACCAAAAUCCAUAUCUGGAAAAUGACAAAGUAAUUUUUCGUACGGUGAUUUUUAGUACACUGACAGUAUAUUUAUGUGGUCAAGAUAUGGGCAUACUGGGUGACAGAAAUGCUGCGUGCCACAUGCCGAAUUACACUAAGCUUAACAACUAGGAAGCAGUUUACAAAAAGCAUUAAAAUGGCUGCACUGCAACAAAUUAUUGCAAAUAACGAACGUGCCCAGAGUCUGGUUGACUCCCUCGAAGGAGAGUUAGUGGCAAUACAAAACGAACUCAUAGAACGUAAGAAAAAAGAAUUGAUCGACGAAAACGCCAAACUGACCAAGGAAUUGGAAGAAGCUUUAACUCAACUGCGAAGCCUUGAAAUACGCAAUGGCAAAAAACAAAUUGCAGUUCCCGGCAGCCGUGGCAUGUGCACUAAAGCAAACAAUACAACUCCAAACGCCGAAGCCGUUACCCUGCAAACCGCUGUAAAACCAUCAGCGGCAGCAGCAGCACCUAAGGAGAAAAAGGUCAAGGAAAAGAAACCAGCGGGUGAGAAGCCAGCUCCCGUAGCCGAAGCUCCCAUUGAUGUUGGUCGCUUGGAUAUGCGAGUGGGCAGAAUUGUGGAAGUGGGGCGUCAUCCGGAUGCGGAUAGUUUGUAUCUGGAGAAGAUCGAUUGUGGGGAGGCAACGGCACGCACAGUUGUCUCAGGACUUGUAAAAUUCGUGCCCAUCGAGGAAAUGCAGAAUCGUCUGGUGGUUGUGCUUUGCAACCUGAAGCCAGCCAAGAUGCGUGGCGUUGUGUCCGAAGCCAUGGUAAUGUGUGCGUCAUCUGCCGACAAAGUUGAAGUGCUCAGUCCUCCAGCCGGCGCUGUUCCCGGUGAUUUGGUGCAUUGCGAGGGAUACACACGUCAACCAGAUGCACAGUUGAAUCCUAAGAAAAAGAUAUUUGAGACCUGUGCACCUGAUUUGAUGACGAAUGGUGACCUAGUGGCCUGCUACAAAGGAUCAGCUUUGCAUGUGCCAGGCAAGGGCAAUCUGCUGUCGCAGACGUUAAAGAAUGUGAAUGUUAAAUAGAUCAAGUUGCACACUCAAUUCCGAUCCUUGAUUUGUUUAAUAAAUAAGUUUUGGUUUGCA